AUAACUUGGGAAAGACCACAUCACCGGCAACUGCAGAUCUUUCCGUGGCAAAAGGCACUCCUGAGACUUUGCCAUGUUGAGUAAUAUGGCACCCAAGGAUUUCCUGACUUGGAGUCUUCUGACUUUGCUUCUGUUUCUUCACUUUUGCUUGUGUCAAGACGAGCACAUGGAGGUGAGCAGAAGAUCUAAUGAUCCAGUGGCCAAAGUAUUGCAGAGUCGUCAUCAGACUGACCACAAAGGUUCGAGCAGCAGGGAAUUGUUGAGACAGCGGAGCCGACUUGUUGAGUGGACUGUUGAGGAGGAGGAUGGUAAUACCCCUUCUACUGACCCAAAUGCCUUGAAACCAGAGGUAGAUGAUGUAGCACAGACUACCUCAGACAGGGUUCAGACUACACACAGUGGACCUCAAAGCCCGCCAGAAUGUGGCUGCCGGGGGGAUUUUGGAUAUCGAAUGUAUCAAGGGCCACCAGGGCCUCCUGGAAUGCCAGGGAACCAUGGAAACAAUGGAAAUAAUGGAGCACCUGGUACCGAAGGAUCAAAAGGUGACAAAGGAGACAAGGGGGAUUUGGGACCCAGAGGAGAGCGGGGCCAACAUGGACCAAAAGGAGAGAAGGGGUAUCCUGGCAUCCCACCAGAACUUCAGGUUGCAUUCAUGGCUUCGAUGGCAACCCACUUCAGUAAUCAGAACAGUGGAAUAAUCUUCAGCAGCGUUGAAACCAAUGUUGGGAAUUUUUUUGAUGUAAUGACUGGCCGAUUUGGAGCGCCAGUAAAUGGGGUAUAUUUUUUCACCUUCAAUAUGAUGAAACAUGAAGAUGUGGAGGAAGUGUAUGUUUACUUGAUGCACAACGGCAAUACAGUUUUCAGUUUAUAUAGCUAUGAAUCAAAAGGGAAAACAGACACAUCAAGCAACAGCGCAGUCCUUAAACUUGCCAAGGGAGAUGAAGUUUGGCUGCGGAUGGGCAACGGAGCGCUGCAUGGAGAUCAUCAACGCUUUUCCACUUUUGCGGGGUUUCUUCUUUUUGAAACAAAAUAGAUGAAAGUUUAAACUUUGAGAUCUUUUCCCCUUUGUUGUUCAUUUCCCCUGUGCUGUGAAACAAAAUGGCAGCAUACUAAAACUGUAGGACCUUGUUCUAAUCCCAUUAAUUAGUAUAUAGUGUGCUAAGGGAAGUUAGGCAUGAAUUGAUAUAUGCCCCUCUGUGUCAUUGUGGAUCACACUGCCUUUCUGUGGUCCACACACCACUCGCCUUUGAGUAGAGUCACUGAAAUCUAAUUCCAGGAAAUGCAGUGGUAUGAUUAUCACUGCAUUUUGCCUGAUUUAGAUCUCCAUGAGACCAACGUGGGCUACCGUAUGCAUGCAGACCUUCAUUCAAACGAAAAGGGAAGUCAUUAUGUGGAGAUCUCAGGAUCCAAUCUGCUUUGGAGUACUUGCAUCCAUAGAACUAAGUUAGGUGUGCAUCCACAUGCCACUUGCAUGCAGUGUAUAAUAUUCUGCAAAAUCAUCUAUAUUUGGGUUGCCAACAAGACUGGAGAAAAAUGUCCUGUCCUUAAUAGAGGCUUAAUGGGUUUUUUUAACCAUGUGAUGUUAUUUACUUUCAUACCAUGAAAAGCUUCUGCUUCCCCUUUCCACACAUUAAAGGGACAGGCCAGCUGCUAACCCUAUCUAUAUAUGGAAAUUGCUUCCUUGCUGGAUCAGAGUGAAUGUAUCCUAGAUUAGGAUUAAAAUUAACAACUAAUAUUCUACAUGUUAGUUAGAUUUUUCUCUUGAAUUUACCCGUAGAUAUGAACAGGGCUUUUUUUUCUGGGAAAAGAGGUGGUGGAAAUCAGUGGGUUGCCAGCACAGGGGGCAACUCUUGGUGGGAGGUGGUGCCCCUGGUACCACAUGUGCGCACACAAAGUGCACGCGUGCUCCCAGGGCCAAUGACGUUACUUUGGGUCAACUGGAACAA